CAUAUUACUAUUAGGAAGAGGAUAAUUGUUAUUCCCUCAAAAUGGCCUCCACAUCAAAAACCACGAUGGGAUCGGAAUCUUUGAUCCCUAGGCCCAACAUUUCCCAGAUAAAGAAUAAACAAUUACGACAAGAAAUGUACCGAAAAAUGAAGCAAGAGAAAAGGAAGGAAAAGAUAAAAGAGAAGAAAAGGAAAAUGAAAGAAGCAAAAGAAUCUGGAGUUGAGGUUCCUAAACAGGUCCCCAAGACCAUUGAGAACAUGAGAGUUCCAGAUGAAACCAUGGUUAACCAAGAAGAUGAAGAGGUACAGCUUGAUGAGGCACAGGAUGAAAUGUCAUCAUAUUUCAAUAGAGAGACCACACCCAAAAUUCUACUUACAACCUGUGAUAGACCUGGUCCUAGGACUAAUAAAUUUUGCAAAGAGUUAAAGAAGUUAAUACCAAACACAGAGCUAUUGUACAGAAGGGGUCUAGAUCUGAAGAAGAUAAUUCCACAGGCAUUGUCAAAGAAUUUCACAGAUCUUAUUGUUGUCAAUGAAGAUAGAGGAAUUCCCAAUGGUCUUGUAAUAUCACGUUUACCUGAUGGACCUACAGCACAAUUCAAGGUGUCUAAUGUCAAAUUGACUACAGAGAUUAAGAAUGCAGGAAAACUUUCUAGUCAUCAACCAGAGGUUAUACUUAACAACUUUAAUACUCGCCUGGGUACAUCUGUUGGAAGAAUGCUGGCAUCAGUCUUUCCACAUGACCCAGAAUUUCAGGGCCGUCGAGCUGUGACCUUCCAUAAUCAGAGAGAUUUUAUCUUUGUCAGACACCAUAGAUAUGUUUUCCGUAAUGCAAAGAGGGUAGGCCUACAGGAGCUUGGACCUAGGUUUACCAUGAAAUUGAGGACAUUACAGAAAGGAAGUUUUGAUUCCAAAUUUGGAGAGUACGAGUUUAUACAUAAGCGACAUGAAAUGGAUACAAGUAGAAGGAAGUUCUUCCUUUAACAAACAAUUCGUGAAAUGUUAUAUGGUGUAUGUUUGAUGAACGAAUGGCUAUGAAUAAAUGUUUACAGUUUCAAA